GAAAAAAAUGGCGUUUGCGAUUGGUCAGCGGUUGUGAGUGACAGUAGAAUGUAACCAAUCAGUAGGCUCCUUCGCAGAAAUGUUUUUUUUUUUUCCUUUGCCGCUUCUAAAAAACCAACCACGAGUUGUCGUCGUGUGGGAGAAUCCAUCUUGAAGAGAUCUCCUCGGCCGUGUGACCAGUAUAGUAGUUAAAAUGUCUGAGGCUGAGCAGCAGUACAUGGAAACGUCGGAAAACGGCCACGAAGCGGAGGAGGAUUUUAACGGAGGGGGAAACGACGACAACGCCGAGAAUGACUGCGGAGAAGGUGCGGGGACCGAUCCGGACGGAAACUCGCAGGACGGCGGCCAGAUUGACGCCAGCAAAGGCGAAGAGGAUGCUGGCAAAAUGUUUGUCGGAGGCCUCAGCUGGGACACGAGCAAAAAGGAUCUGAAGGAUUACUUCUCAAAGUUUGGAGAGGUGACGGACUGCACUAUUAAGAUGGACCAGCAGACGGGCCGGUCAAGAGGAUUUGGCUUCAUUCUCUUUAAGGAUUCAGCUAGUGUAGACAAGGUUCUUGAACAGAAGGAGCACAGGUUAGACGGCAGACAGAUUGACCCCAAGAGAGCAAUGGCCAUGAAGAAGGAACCAGUGAAGAAAAUCUUUGUCGGAGGCCUUAAUCCAGACACCGCCAAGGAAGUCAUCGAGGAAUACUUUGGGACCUUUGGAGAGAUUGACACCAUUGAACUCCCACAAGAUCCAAAGACUGAGAAGAGGAGAGGAUUCGUAUUUAUUACGUAUAAAGAAGAGGCUUCUGUCAAGAAGGUUAUGGAGAAGAAGUACCACACUGUCGGUGGAAGCAAGUGCGAAAUUAAAAUCGCCCAGCCCAAAGAGGUCUACAUGCAGCAGCAGUAUGGUGCCCGGGGAUACGGAGGUCGUGGGAGAGGGCGCGGAGGCCAGGGGCAGAACUGGAAUCAAGGCUACAACAACUACUGGAACCAGGGAUACAACCAGGGCUAUGGUUAUGGACAGCAGGGCUAUGGAUACGGUGGCUAUGGCAACUAUGACUACACUGCUGGUUAUUACGGCUAUGGGGGUGGCUACGAUUACAACCAGGGCAAUACAAGCUAUGGGAAAACUCCAAGACGUGGAGGCCACCAGAGUAGCUACAAGCCAUACUGAUCACACGUAGUGCAGGUAUGCAUUCUUGCAUCAUCCGUGGUAGUAUGAGAACGUAGCUAUAACCAUUAGUGCCUUUUGGCCCCACAAAGAGCUCCAUCAACACAAUCCAUUCAACCAUUGUGGUGGGGGUAAUAUUAGGGCGUGAUGUGGGGUCUGGGAUCAUUAAAGAUGGAUUCAUUCCACCUGUCUGCCAUCUUGAGAUGCAUCUCUACAAAGCCUACUUGAUCAGUAAGGAUUUGUGGUGGUCCAGAAAAGAAAUGAGGACUGAUCUGAUCAGCUAGCAGCAGUGUCCCGCCCCCCGUCCCCCCCUCCUUCCUGUCCCAAAAUGUUUGUCACUCACUUUACUUGUCGAACUCAUUCAUGCACCUGUCUGUCUCUGUGUAACUGCAUGCCACGUUCGGUUAAUUCUCAGUAACGUAAAGCACCGUGUUUUUCUCUUAAGGUCUAAAGUAAUUAAGAAAAAGAGAUCCAUGGUCUGACCACAGCGAACAUGGGCUCUGGCUUUUCCUUUGGAGUUGGCAGAAAUUUGGACUCAUGCUCCAUUUGUACAGAUCAAGUGAGGAACUGGGGAAGCAAAUGUCACUUUUCCAUUUUUUUUUAUUUUAUUUUAUUUUAUAUUGUUUUGUGUCCAUUUACAUUUCCAGUGAUGGAAGUGUUAUUUUUACUGUACUUUUUGGUACCCUUUUUGAAUCUAAUGUAUUGUAUGGUUGUAUUUUUACAUGUCGACUGGAUUUACAGACGAGCAGGAGCAAAGGGCUUUGAAAAGCUCUCAAAUAAAACAAUAUUGCUUUUUUUUUUGUUGUGUGUUUGUAGAUUUUUAGUUGCGUUUUCCCAUGCUGCACAUUGGAAGUGAGUUGCAUGGCUUCAGAUGUGGGCUGAGGUGAUUUUAAAAAAGGGAUUUAUACUAAUCAAAGGGUUCUAUAAAAAUGUGUCAACUGAGUGCUACUGGGGCUUGUAGAAAAGAACAACCAGCAUUUAUUUUUUUAUUUCAAUUUAGUUUUGUUUUUUUUUGCUUUUAAGGAAGUUUCUCCCCACCAUGUCUGCAAUUUUAAGUGGCUUUAUUUAGUGUUCUUCAACUUGAACGCAAGCCUGUUAUAAUGUAAGAGGGAAACCCCUCUGUCACUGGAAACUCAUUCCUCUAGUGUCUUGGGCAAAUUGAUAGAAAUAAACAUUUGGUUUAUAUUA